UGGCAACGCUGACUGCAAGCACAACAGAAAAUUUUGCUCCGUUCGCUUUUCCUCCCAUUUCUCACCAACACACAUCAUCAUUGUUCUCUUGCCUCGUAGCGCGGUGUGACGUUCCACUCGUUUGGGGCAAGUGAUUUGGCCUGCGAAAAGUUACUGAAUCGGUUCUAGUUUUCAAGGUGCGCGUGUCUACUACCUCCUGCCGGUUGAAUCCGAUAUCGAGAAAUAUCCUCCCCGAUGGCAUUAGUUUGUGACCUCAAAAUGUUGCUGGCCUGCCGUGGAGCCUUCGGGCAGAUUCGGAAUAUUCACCUGGCUGCUGUUAACAAUGCUGCGGCUACAAAGGUUAAGAAGUUUCAAAUCUACCGCUGGAACCCGGACAAGCCGGAUCAGAAGCCUUAUAAUCAGACCUAUGACGUCGAUUUGAACUCCUGUGGUCCCAUGGUGCUGGACGCAUUGAUUAAGAUCAAGAACGAAAUAGACCCAACUCUGACGUUCCGUCGCUCGUGUCGCGAGGGCAUUUGCGGCUCGUGCGCCAUGAACAUCGGUGGCGUCAACACGCUGGCCUGCAUCUGUAAGAUCGACGCCGAGAAUCUUAGCAAGCCGACCAAGAUCUAUCCGUUGCCGCACAUGUACGUGGUGAAGGAUCUGGUGCCGGAUAUGACCAACUUCUACAAUCAGUAUCGGUCGAUCCAACCGUGGCUGCAGCGCAAAAACGAAUCAACGGAGAAGAAGGGUGACGCUCAGUACCUUCAGUCGGUGGAUGACCGUGCCAAGCUGGACGGUCUGUACGAGUGCAUCCUGUGCGCGUGCUGUUCUACCUCAUGCCCAUCGUACUGGUGGAACGGCGACAAAUACCUCGGACCGGCGGUGCUAAUGCAGGCAUACCGUUGGAUCAUCGACUCGCGUGACGAAUCCACCACGGCUCGGUUGAACAAAUUGAAGGAUCCUUUCAGCGUGUACCGGUGUCACACGAUCAUGAACUGCACCCGGACCUGUCCGAAGGGGCUAAACCCGGGCAAGGCGAUCGCGGAGAUCAAGAAGCUACUGUCCGGUAUCGCCAAGAAGGACACUCCCGGAAUGGAAACCGCAGCCUUGCACAGCAAGUGAGCAUGGUAGCAGAAACAGAACACAAAGUAUUUAUAUUAGAAUUUGGUAUUGCGAAACGUAUCACACAGAAGUUUUCGGCUGUCGAUGGUACUGUCACUAAAAUCCUUAUGAUAUUGAGUUUAAAAAAAAUUACGAAAUAAUAUUUAUGCUUAAUCUCCUACGCCCAGCAUCUAAUAAAUGGCGUUUGCACAGUCACCAAGCUGUCUGCUGAA